AUGUUUACAACAGUCGUAAAGAAACUGGAGGAGUUAGAUAAUAUUGAGGCAGAUAUGAAAGAAAUAAAGAAAUCCCUAGACUACGCACAUGCAGAAAUAGAGGAUCUGAAGAACGAAAAUAAUUUGAUGAAGUUAGACCAAGCGAAAGCAGCCGAAAGGAUUGGAAAUCUUGAACGAUACAAUAAGUUACACGUUGCGCGACGAAGUAAUCGACCUACAGGCAAGGUCGAUGCGCGGCAACUUAUUAUUCUUUAACAUUUCUGAAAGCAAGAAAGAAAAUACGUCCGAUAUCAUCCACGAUUGACCGAAAUCUAAGUUGGAAAUGACGGACGCAGGAAAUAAAGUGAAAAUCAAUCGAUCUCAUCGGAUUGGGAAAAAGAACAGUGCAUUUUUUAAGGAUUCUUCAGUGGUGGGGCAAAACUGCCAAGGGGCCCAUUUUCCUUGCCCUCCCCCCAGAAUAGUAUGCGAUCACCGAAGGUGUGAGCAAGUACUGCAGGCACGAGUUAGCUAGGGGGGUCUGGGAGCAUGGCCCCCGCAGGAAAUUUUUAAAAUUUGAGUCUCUGAAAUAGCAUUUCCUGCACUCUGAAAAAUUUUUUUUUAAAAAUCUCAGCUUCUCAAAACAAAGUUUUAAUAUUGAAAUUUGUAAUAAAUUGCACGCUAAACAUUCAAACACAACAUAAGUUUAAGUAUGCUCAACAACAAGUUUUGUUUUUUAAACUUGUUUUCAAUGUUAAACUCAUUUACUCAAUACAGGUCCUAGGGCCCUGGCUUUCGGGCAAUAGGCCGUAUUUUUUCUUCAGUGGUGGGCAGAGAAAGGGGCCCAGUGGGGCAAAUGACCCACCAGACCAUGGUAUUAAAAAAUGCCUUGAUUAAAAGGAAAGCCGGAAAUCAGAAACCAAGACCAAUCGUGGCUAAAUUCAACUAUUACCAAGAUAGGGAAUUUGUGCGAUUAAAUGCAAAGAAGCUAAAAGGCACAAAAAUUGGCAUGUCGGAACAGUUUCCCGAAGAAAUAGAGAGUGUACGUAAGGCUCGAUAUCCAGAACUAAAGAAAGUCAAAGAAUAAAGUAAAAAUCCAAAUCAUUGAAGGGCGCGUUUUUUCACAACAGAGCUAGAUCUUGAAAUUUGAUAUGUUUCUAUGAUGAUUUACUGAUAUAGUCUAUAGCUAGUUUUAUUCACCGAUCAAACAAAUACUAAACUAGAAAACUCUUAAAUGCAUACUCUUGACAAUAAUCAAAAGAAACAAUGCUGCUCUUGCCUUAAAAUAAUCAGUGGCAUAGCCAGAACGAUAAUUAGGGGGGGGGGCAUAUUCAUAUAUUCGUGUUCUGCUUUAUUAAUUUCUUUUGAAAUCAAUUGUUUUUAUGGUAUGUGAACACGAAUAUAUGAAUAUGGGCCCCCCACCCCCAAUUAUCGUUCUGGAUACGCCACUGAAAAUAAUCCGUAAAACACAAAAAGCAAUUGAAUUGUGCUGUUUCCUUUCUCCGUCACUUUAGGAACAAGCCCACAGAAGGAAUGCAAAAACCUGCUUUAAUUGACUUGACACAACCGAAACAACUUGGCAGUGAACCAAGGUAGAAAAAGUUGUUUUAUAACCAUUAAAGAUCUUGAUACAUUUAUCUAACUUUUACUCUUCUCUUUUCAUUUUAGGUCUACGAAAGCGAUGAAAAAAUUUAGUUUAGUUGAUCUGACACAACAGAAUAGGCCAAGGGGUGAAUCUAGGUAUAAAAUAUUUAUAAUUUAUAUUUACCUAUAUGUAUUUCAACUUUGAUCAAAAAGUUCCAAAUAUUUCAAAUGGAAAAAACAAUCACUACAAAGGCGACCAGUGCAAUCACCGAAACUUUUUAUUCAAUUCGUAGAAGCCAACGGGACAACGAAGCUAAGGGAAGUUUUCCUAACAAUUCAACCGACCUUCAUAGAAACUGGGAGAAAAACACUUCAAAGUCGUCUUUGGGAACAGCAGCAUAUAAAACACCCACUAGUUCUGAUAGUAGCGGCGAUUUUUCUGAAACGUCAAGUGAUAUUCAUAAAACUAUACAGUAUUAUAAUGGGAAUCUUCUUCUGCCAAUUUACUCAAUGGAAAACAAGAUCCUCUCUCCGGUUGAGGUUAUUAAUGUUUUGUUCAAUAUUGGUAGUUCCGUGAGUUCUGAAUUAGUAUGCAGCCAACAGCCAUAUUGCACGUCGAGCAUAACAGAACAUUUAUAGUAGACUUGGGUUCACUUAAAUGUCAAGAUGAUGAUGUAAAGUGUGAUGACUUAGGAAGCUGGAAGAACCAAAGUUAUAACAAGUUCCUCUUAACAAAGCAGAAGAAUGAUUGGGUUCUAGUUGAUAAGAAAAUCGUUGGCGAAUUUCCAGAAAAUGAAAUUGUGUCAAUCAAGCGGCAUUAUUUUACGCUGCAGGGUGAUGAAAAUAAUGAGGAUUUCAAAAGGAGAAUAGACACCGUAAUCAGUAAGUUUUAAAUUGACAAUUUUUUUUUACUUUUCGCUAGUUUAAAAUAAUAGCAUGUCAAAUGUCAAAUUUUCCCGACUACAAGAAAAGUUUGUUCACAAAGGUUCCUUAUACCUGAUGGAGAUUCUAAGAAUUAUAUACAAAAAUCUACAUGUACGUGGCACAUGAAAAUUGAACAUAAAAGGACUAAAAAUUUUGACUAGGCAUAUUUAUUACUAAGUCGUUCGUAUCACAAGGCGCGGCACUCUUUAGAUAAAUUGGCAUAAUGAAUAUUAACUAAAACUUACAAGAUUCUAUACACAUGGGCGUAUCGGGUAAUAUUUUUCGGGGGGGCUGUUUGAAAUUUGCCCAACUGCCGCAAAAAUUGCCCAACUUUUGUUUUGUUAUUGUUACAUUCCACUAAUAGAUACCUAUACUAACAGGGUCGACAGUGAGCCCAGGGUUUAUACGUUAUAGGAUUUAUUCGGUUUAUACGUUAUUUUGUCCCGACUUUCUAUGUGGUGCCCGAUGGAAAACUAUACAGGUAUUGCUUGGUCCAAUAUUCAUUUAAAGGAGGAAUAGAGCAUCCAAUUAGGCAGCACUCACACGGAAACGCAAAAACAUCCCAGCAAUACGUGCGAACUUGGUCAAGCACAAAAUCCCUCGUACAGAAUAACUGCACGCAAGCGAAACUCCGUGAAGUUCAAUACAAAACAAUUUCCGAAGGCUUGGGAGGAAUUGAGGGUUGCGUCAGCGUGAGACAAGUACCUCGGAAUCGGCAGCAAGUGAAAGAUUUCAGUAGAAACAUAUUGAAAGAAAACGAAAGAAAAAAUCUUUCGCGGCAAGGAGGAACAGAUGACCCUUGGUAUCGUCUUCUUUCGGAAUGUAAAGGUCAAGCUUCAAAACCAUCUACUGCUUUUAUCCGAGACGUUACGGUGGCACCAGAACCACUUUGUAUAAUGACGAUAAAUAGACAGCUGAACGACUUGACGCGUUUUUGUUGUAGCCCGGUUGAAUAUCGUCCGUUUACGGUAGACCCAACUUUUGACAUUGGUGAAUUUAAUGUUACACCAAUUACGUAACAGCAUCUCUUACUUGAAAACCGGCGAGACGGAAGCCAUCCAUCUUUUAUCUGCCCUGUCCUUCUACAUCUUUGGUCGAAAGAUAGGAAGCGUCCAAGAAAACGGUUUGAUUGAUGCGGAAAAUCAGGAGAAGUUCGACAUCAUGCUUGUCAACAGCAAAGAAAAGUGGUUGACUUCACAUCCUAAUGGGUUGUCGUUUUACGAGUGGUUUUGUGAUCACAAACGUCAAGAAUUUGUCACUUCAGCGAUCAGUCCUGUUCGUCAGAGAGCCGGACUUGGUUGUCCACCAGAGCGCUUUACCACCAACCGUUCGGAACAAAUCAACCGACUUAUUCAAGAUUUCACCCGCUCUGAGACGAAUGAAAGAAAGAAGGUUGACGAGUUUGCUUUUUGUGUGUCACUAAAGCCUGGCGCACACGAUGCGAUUUUAGUCGGCCGAUAAAAAUCGCAGAUAGUCAAGGUAGCUACCAGAGCUGAUGUAACUUUAGACUGGUGUUUAACCAACUCAAAGGUGGAUAAUAUUUACGAAUCAAUCCAACUUCCUCCCAUUGGAACCAGUGAUCAUUAUACGAUUCUUAUGAAAGCCCAACCUUCUCCCUCAAAGCCAGACAAUUCACAUAUAUGGAAACGCGAUCUCAGAGAUAGCAGGAUACGGCCUUUUGGACGAUAUAUCACUACAUUUGACUGGUCUCCUAUCUUGGACAUACAUGACUGUGAUACAAAAUAUAAAAAGUUUAACGAUACAAUGACUGUGAUGAUUGAAAAAUUCUUCCCCUUGGAACGGAUUAAAGUACGAAAGUGUGAUAAGCCUUGGAUGACGUCAUCAAUAAAGUCUGCUAUUGGGAGACGCCAAAAAGCCUUACACGAAAGCGGGAAAAAUUCAGAUAUUUAUAAAUAUUGGCGUAAUAGAGUCCAAUCAUGCAUUAAAGUUGCACGAAAGAUCUACUAUAUGAGGUCAGUUGAGAACAUUAAAAAAUUCUAACCCGGCAAGAUGGUGGAAAGAAGUGAAAGCCAUUGGUGGUCUCUCGUCAAAAAAUUCUUGGUAUUCUCAGCUAUUUUCUGAUGAUGUUCGGAAUUGCGAAGAACUGGCCGAAAAUUUUAAUAACUUUCUUACUGCCCUUACAUCACAUUUUGACCCUCUAACUCUCGACGAAAUCCAGGAGGGCCUAGAAGUACCAAACCAUUACCUCGUUGACGCCCAACAGAUCUAUAUGAAACUUAGUAAAAUUAAAACCACAAAAUCACCGGGUCCUGACAUGUUUCCAAAUAAAAUCCUGAAAACAUUUGCCUUUGAGCUUGCCCCAGUUAUCUCAGACAUUUUCAACUCAUCCAUGACACAAGGCACCUUCCCAAAGGCAUUGAAGAGAUCUAUUGUAGUGCCUGUCCCUAAGGUAUCACCCCCAAAGAGUAUUGAAGACGACCUACGACCAAUAUCUUUAACAUCUCAGAUCGCCAAAGUUAUGGAGGAUUGUACUUUGGACAAUUUUUUUCCUGAAGUUGUAAAUAAACUUGACACCAAACAAUUUGCACUCCCAAAGAAAUCAACGACCCACGCUUUGGUCUACCUUUUACAUUCAAUCUUGGUUGCUCUUGAGAGAGGUUUCUGUACUGCCAGAUUGUUCUUUGCAGAUUUCAAGAAAGGUUUUGACCUAGUAGACCACAAUGUUAUUAUUAAAGAAUUAACCCUGCUUGGUACCCAUCCCUCUAUAAUUCGGUGGAUUAAAGCCUUCCUCUGCGAUCGCGAACAAUGUGUCCGGGUGGGAACUUCUAUGUCCUCUUGGAAGAAAACAAAUGGUGGCUUGCCACAAGGUACAAAGUUGGGUCCAUUAUUGUUUGCUGUUCUCAUUAAUUCCUUGCUUAAAAACUGGCCCAGUAGGAUCAAGUUUGUGGAUGACACCUCAGCCCUAGAGAUUAUACCACGUUUUUCAUCCAGUUUAAUGCCAUUAGUCGUAAAUGAAAUCUCGGACUACGCCUUAGAACGUGGAAUGGAACUAAAUUAUAAGAAAUGCAAACAAAUGUUGAUCAACUUUCUUAAAUAUAAAGGAUCUGAUAAUGAAAACCCGAUCUAUGUUGCAGGUAAACCGGUGGAAACUGUGUCCUCUUUCAAACUCCUAGGUGUAUGGAUAUCAAAUGACUUGUCAUGGAAUACUCAUGUCGACAUGGUAUUGAAAAAGGCAAAUUCUCGCUUAUACGCAUUGCGUCUGUUAAAAAAGGCUGGUCUUCAAGCAUCUGACAUCGUCCAAAUAUAUAUCUCAUUCAUCAGAUCCAGAAUUGAAUAUGCAUCCCCUGUAUGGUCGUCAAUACCGAAAUCAUUAUCUGACAUUCUCGAAUCUGUUCAAAAGAGAGCAUUGAGAAUAGCUUAUCCAGAUCUGUUAUAUGAUGAAGCCCUUGAAAUUUCAAACUUACAGUAUCCGAGUACUCGUAGAGACAUCUCUUGCAAGAAAUUCGUCGAAUCUCUGCGACGUGAUGUUUCACCCUACAACCCUUUGACCCAAAUUAUGGAAAUUCGUCCCGGGGUAAAAACUCAUGACUAUGACUUAAGGAAUGACAGAACGGCCGAACAACCUUUAUGGUCAGAAACCACUGAACGGUUAAAAAACUUCGUGACUAGGAAAUAUUAUUAGCUUCAUAGUUAAUUAACAGUCCCAACUAAAUAAACAUUAUUUUAUAUAAUAUAUAUAUAUGUACAUUUUAAUAUAAAUUUUUAUGCUAUAUUAGUACUCCAUGUAAUUCAGUUUUCCUUUAAAAACUGCAAAUUGGUUUUAAUUAAACAGAUUGAUUGAUUGAUUGAUUGAUUGAUUGAUUGAUUUGAACCUGUCAAACACAACAAUAUUGCGACAACAGAUCUCGCAACCUUCACCGUACAUCGUACCAUCUUCUCAGCCACUUGUUUCUCCACGCAGAAAACAGCCUUUGAUUCUUACAUCAAUUUCACAACCUUCAGUUAGCAGUGCAACUGGUCCACUGACCUACAGACCUAACCCCAUGUUAGAGCAACAGAUUCCUUCGGUAUCACCUGCCAUGGCACGGCAAUCGGUUUCGUCAUUCGUUCCUGCAUCUUCAUUGCAACCUCGUGCUGCAGUCGGUCACGCCACAGAUUAUCAUCCACCACCAUCAAACGCAUCAAAUAAUUAUUGCCAAAGGGUAGCAUUUCCAAGUCCAAAUAUUGGCGAAUUCCACAUCUAUCUGAUGCAGUUUUGCCCGAGUCAUACAUCAAAAUGUUUUGGUUGUGGUAACCCUCUUAAAGCAAAUAAUGCGCCAGAAUUACCCCCAAACGAUUUGGUCAUUGUUUCUAAGAUGCUGGGAGAAUGGUCGUACCAAGGAACAUCUCAGAGCAAAAUGGCAAAUGUCUAUUUUCACUGCAACCAAUCAUGCGUAGCAAGAAAGCAGUCUGGUUUCCAAGGGCUCACGUGUUCAAUCCCACAACAAAUUAAACCACAUCUGCUUGAGGUUCACGCUGCAUAUCUUAGAGAACAUUUGGGCAUUUAA